AAAUCUAUAAAAGUACCGGCGACGUAAGCCAUUCAGGGAUUAUUAAACUGUUAUUAUUGCUCGUCGGAAACGCGACUCGUUCAAAGCGGUUUUUAUUUUAUUGCAUUUACAUAUUCGUUAUUUGUGUACAUUUGAUUCGUCCUCGAUUCGUCACUCUAGAAACAUCGACAUUUCCGUCAAACAUGUUUCCUGAGAGCAGCACUGGGUACAGCUUUGAGGACUGCCAGGCUACAGCUGACUGGCUUCUGACUCAGACUGCAUUGCGCCCUCUGGUGGGCAUAGUUUGCGGCUCAGGUUUGGGAGGCUUGGCCAACAUGCUGAAAGAUCAGGUUGCUUUUAACUACUUGGACAUUCCCAACUUCCCCCAGAGUACAGUGCAUGGUCAUGCAGGUCAGUUGAUCUUUGGUACUUUGAAGGGUAGACCAUGUGUCUGUAUGCAGGGGAGGUUUCAUCUCUAUGAGGGAUAUACCAUCCAGAAGAUUACUAUGCCUAUGCGGAUAUUCAAACUGCUGGGUGUUGAGACGGUGAUUCUCACCAACGCUGCCGGUGGCCUGAACCAGGACUAUAAAGUGGGAGAUAUCAUGAUCAUCAAAGAUCAUCUCAACAUGCCUGGAUUUGCCGGAAACAACCCACUUGCAGGACCCAAUGAUGAGAGAUUUGGGGUCCGUUUUCCCUGCAUGUCUGAUGCAUAUGAUCGGGACCUUCAGCAGCUAGCGAUGGAUGUGGGUUCAGAGCUUGGUUACAGUGACUUUCUGAGAGAGGGUGUGUACUGUGUUCUUGGAGGACCGUCUUUCGAGACCAUCGCUGAGUGUCGCAUGUUGCACAAGCUGGGAGCUGAUGCUGUCGGUAUGAGCACUGUUCACGAGGUGAUUGUGGCACGUCACUGCAACAUGCGGGUCUUUGCUCUGUCUUUGAUAACUAACAAGGCAGUGUUGGACUACGACAGCGAGGAAAAGGCCAAUCAUGAAGAAGUUCUGCAGACGGGAAAACAGAGGGCCGAGCUACUCGAAAGGCUGGUGUCCACCAUGGUCACACGGCUAGAGCACAACAACAAUUACGCCUAAUACUGUUCUCAAAACUGAUCCAUCAUCACAGACCAGAGAAUGCUGUUCAUCUGUGAAUGAACAUAAGCUUGUGUGUGUGUGUGUGUGUGUGUGUGUGUGUGUGUGUGUGUGUGUGUGUGUGUGUGUGUGUGUGUGUGUGUGUGUGUGUGUGGCUUUGGCAGUAGAUGUACAGUAAAUAUCUAUCUUGUGUUUUUUAACAUUUGAUAUUAAAUUUGUUUUAUUUAUUAUGCAUGUCUUCCGCUCUAUUUUUAAUGAUGUUCUGCAUAUGUGUAUGUCACAAUCAGAUUUGAGGUAUUUAAUGGGGAAAAUUUAACACAUGGGUGCAUAUCAUGAAACGUUGUGAAGUCCAGGCCAUAUGUCGCCCCAAAAUGAAUUUGAUACAAUUACAAAAAUGAAUUACAUAAAAAAAAUGAAGCUGAAAAUCAUUGAUUUUUCACAUCAAAGCAUUAUUUUAAUAAAAAUGAAGAACAUUGCUUAGCCUACUGUAAUUAAAAAAAAUUUAAUUGAAAAUUACAACUGUAAAUGUUCAUCAUGAUCGUAUAUGUUGUACUGGAUUUAUGAGUUUAUUUGUAAAAAUCAAGGACUAAAAACGGUUCAAGAAAAGAAAAUGAACAAAAUGUUUUGCAGAAUGGAAACGAAAUUGGGAACAAAGUUCCUUUCAAUUGUUCCGGAGUGAAAUUUUUAUUUUUAAAUGCUGGAAACCAGAUAACCGGUUUAUUUUGUUUUGAUAUAUAUUUCAUAAAACCAAAGACUAAAUGGUUUAUCACAGUAAACCUUCAGAAUUACACCACUCCCUGUUGCCCAAAAAAAUGGGAUUUCACUCUUUUUUUUUGUAGAACAUGAAGCAUGUGCUUUGAUUCUGAAAUGAACCACUUCAUAACAAAUCUCUGCCUAAUUGCACAUAGUGGAUGUAGCCUUCCAUAACAUGCUGAAGACCUUUUUGGCAACUACAUAGUGCUUAAAAACUACAUAUACAUGCAUGAUUAAUCCAGAUGAAAGGACAAAUAUUGAGGUAAAAAGUUUCUCAGUUGUUUUCCCUGAACUAUGGUGGGAUAUGAUGCAUUAAUACAUAUUUGAUGCAUAAGUUUUUUUGACUGAGAAGCAGAUCUGUAAAUAAAACCAAUAAUUAAAUAAAAUUAAAUUAUUUGGCCCGCAUACGAUGGGGUGUAGUCCAAACAUGAACACGUGUGUGUUUAAUGUUUUGACAGGGAAGCAAAUCUGUAAUCAAGACAAAUAAUAAAAAUAAAAUAAUUUGGCCAAAAUAAGAUGACAUUUAGUUCAAACAUGCUCAAGCAGUGUGUGUUUAUGCAGAAAAGAGAUAUUUAGGGUAUUCAUUGAUUUUAGAUGGUGAGAGGUAUAUUUGUAAUAUUUUUGGUCAUAUUUUAAAUACUAAGAAUAACAUUAAUUGAAAAGAUGUAAUUUUAUAUAGGCUACUGUAUACUACUCUUGAUAUGAUUUCUAUACUGAUAAUUCCCCAAAAUGUAAGGUCUUUUGCAAGAUCUGGCAACACUGUCGUUUUAAAAAGAACAUUAUUAAAAGUUCUAUUAUUUCAUUCUAACCGCUUACCAAUUGGAAAAGAGGCUGCAGAACGCCAGAACUGGAACAAAAUAAUAAUAAUACAGUUUCUGCUCAGAAC